GAUGUUAGUGGGCUUCAGAACACUUUAGUACAACACAUUUAGUGUAGACUAACUAAAUUAAUAAAAUGAAGAAAAUAUUAUUUUAUAUUUGCACUUUUGUGUUCGUCUCUUUUACUGUUGACUCAAAGAAAUUAGCAUCCGUCAAUGGGAAUUACAAUACAUGCCUAACUGAAACUAAUGUAUCUGAAGAUGACAUGUUAACAAUGGAAGACGCGGAAUAUAAUAUAGAAAAGAUGCGUACCGCAUUCAUCAAGAGAACAAAUGUUCAAUCAGGAGAUAAAAGAUUGGAAAGACUGGAAAAUUGCAUAAACGAAUCAAAAGAUCUUACAGAAAAAUGCGAAAAAGCGUUCCUUCUUAGUGCAUGUCUUUUAAAAUCUGAACACGAGCAUGUGCAUGAGUAUGGGUAUAGUGAAUCCGCAAAAUAGUAAAUACAAAAAUAAUCGAAAUAUAAUUAAUAUGUUAAAAUUUAUAUUGCACAGCAUUUUCAAUAAAAAAAUAUAUGUAUAAGUAUAUUAUAGUUUUCUUUUAUUUGAUACAUUAAUACAAAAAAUAAAUUUUAAUUUAAAUAAAAUACUGACUUUUCCUUGAUAAAAAAACUUAAUCAAUUAGAAUUACAAACUUUUUAAAAUUAUAAUGUUGUAGAAAAUGUAAACAGAAAAUCGCAUAAGUUAAUAAAAUGGAAUUUAAAAUAUAUAUACUUUUUAAUUUUAACUUUUACAUUUAUUUAAAUUGUUAAAUUUGCAAUAUAAUAGGAACAUAUAUGAUUAUAUUGAAAUUGUUUUCACACAAUUCUGCAUUUUUAUUUUCCUUAAAAUAUCAACAAUUAAAAUAAUUAAAUUUUUUAUUAAUUUAAUUUUUUAUUAAUUUAAUUUCAUUUCUUUUAUUUAUAUAGUCGUUGAUAUGCGAAUGUACUUACAUAGCAAUGUAUAAUUAUAUGUUUAUAUCAAUGUACUAUAGGUAAUUUACAUUUUAUACAUCAAAUUAUAAAAAUUAAUUAAUUAAUUUUUAUACAUGUCGUUUAUCAUAAUAAAAAUAUAUUGAUGAU